UUUAUUUUAUUUUUUUCCCCUCUACGAAUCUCGAACUGGAAACGGUAAUUCCCCUUCUACCACGCAACAUCGUUUAUGCAUUUUUAUAUAUGGAGAAAAUCAUACAAUUGGAGCGGAAAUAGUAUAGGGAAAAAUCCUUGAAAAUGACUUCUGUCAACGCAUUUUAUUUUUUUUUCCUAGUGAAAAAUGGUUCCUCGUUUCACAAGUGGAAAAGUGUUAGAGAGAGAGAGAGAAGCAGAUGUUACUUCCGCUCUCACAUCUUCCUUCUCAAUCCAGAGAUUGCAAAUUUCUAACAUUUUCUCUAAACUGAAGAUUGUAUUUAAAAUGAAUGUGGAAGAAAAUCUGGUCUGACAAGCUUGUGGACGACCUUGACAUCGUCCCAGUUAGUUCCAAACCGCCUGGUUAUAUUGCUAGACAUCUCCGAACAGAAAUGAGAGUAUGGUAAAGCGGCAAAAAAUGGCUUAUUCGGAAGAACAGUCAACGGAAUCUUGUUGGCAAGCGUCACGUAGAAAAUGUACUAUUAAACGACAGAAUGCAACAGAUUAUCUUUUACAAUCGGAUUCGAAUUCCGUAGGAGAAGAGACAAGAUCCAGAAGUACAAAAUGUGGAAGAAAAAAACGUAGUACUUUAAGUGCGCGGGAUAGAAAUUUAAGAAGACUCGAAAGUAACGAAAGAGAAAGAAUGCGUAUGCACAGUCUUAACGAUGCUUUCCAAGCAUUAAGAGAAGUCAUCCCUCACGUGACUAUGGAAAGGAAGUUAUCAAAAAUCGAAACCUUAACCUUGGCUAAACAUUACAUAAUGGCAUUAACAAACGUCAUAUGUGACAUGAGAGGUGAAAGUAAACCAUACGAAUUCCCCGAAAUUUCCGAACAAAGCGAAACUAUUUCAGAAAACAGUGUUUACAGUCGGUUUCUAGACAACCGUAUCUGUGUUCAAGAUUUAAUGUUCUAGAGUGAUUAAUUUUUUUUUUUAAUUAUUUUUUUAUAAAUAUAUAUAUAUAUUUUUUUCCCCCACAUUUAUGUAUAUAGUCAUUGGAGAAGUUAUGG